CAGAUUUUUGACGUUUAACUUGAGUAAAAUGAAAUAAUUGUAUCCCGUUGUGUAUUCUAGUGUAAAAUAUCCGUAAAACAUCCUAUAAAUAAGGAGCAAAUUAAGUGAAAUCAUAAUUAUUCUUGUGUAUGUGAUAAAUGUUUUGAAACAAUGGCUUUAAGUGUGCAAGACGUCGCUAAACGGUAUCCAAUUCAUUGGCUGGUUUGGAAUAACGAGCACCAAGAACUGAAGAACUCCUUGGAAGCUAAUAAGUUCACAAAAGAAGACAUCGAGUUGAGGGACCCUCGCGGUCGCACGCCGCUUUUGCUGGCGGUAACGCUGGGACAUAUCGAGGCAGUAGAGGCGCUCAUCAAUGCAGGCGCUGAUGUUAAUUGCGAGAAAGACGGCUGGACAGCGGUGCAGGAGGCGACAGCGCGGGGCGACGCAGCAUUGCUGUCGCUGGUGCUGGCGCGCCGUGACCGGCAGCGGCAUGCGGCGCGCGCGGCCGGCGUGCCCGACCUCCUGCGGCGGCUUAGCCUUGCACCUGACUUCUAUGUAGAGAUGAAGUGGGAGUUCACCAGCUGGGUGCCGCUGGUGUCGCGCUACUGUCCGUUCGACACAUACAAGGUGUACAAGCGCGGCGGCAACGUGCGCGUCGACACCACGCUCGCCGGCUUCGACGAUACCACCUGGCAGCGCGGAGAGCGCACCUAUAUAUUUAGAGGACAGGGUAACCGCGCGAGCCUGGUGGAGCUGGACCACACGCUGGGCACUGCGUGGUGCGAGCAGCUGGACGAAGAAGUAGAAGAAGAGCCUCACACGAGUAGAUCGUCAGAAGAGGUGAAGCCAGUGACGUGGAGCGAGUACUUCGGCUCGGCGGCGCUGGACAGGGACAUCGGCCGGCCUCGGGAGGUCACCACCAAGGUGCAGAAGUUCAAAGCCACCCUCUGGCUCUGUGAGGACUACCCGCUUGAAUUACAAGAACAGAUAAUGCCGAUCCUAGACUUGAUGACUGCGAUAGCCUCCCCGCACUUUGCCAAACUAAAAGAUUUCAUUCAAAUGCAACUGCCCGCAGGAUUCCCGGUUAAAAUCGAGAUCCCGCUCUUCCACGUGGUGAAUGCUCGGAUAACAUUCGGCAAUAUAUUCGCGACCGAGUCCCCUGUGCCCAACAUCGAGUGCAUACAGGAAGGGGAGAGACUCUCCUGUAUAGUGGAUGACGCUUGUUUUGAGAUCGGUCGCGGGUAUAAAGACGCAGCGGCCUCCGAUGACAGACUGUCCAGUGGUACUGAUGAUGAUGAGGGUCUACUCCAGUACGCGAUACAGCAGAGUCUUAUGGAAGCUGGCACACAUGAUGAUCAGGUGGACGUGUGGGAGGCGCUCCGCGGCGCGCGCCCCGCCUCCCCCGCCCCGCCCCGCACACUCCUCGCCGCUGAGGAGAGACAACUGCAAAGAGCGAUAGAGGCGUCGCUGUCGCUGCUGACGGCGGAGGAGCGCGCGGAGGCGGACGCGAUGCUGGCGGCGGCGCUGGAGGUGGAGGUGGGGGAGGGCGAGGAGGCGGAGGCGGAGGCGGACUUGCGCGCGGCGCUGGAGAUUUCGGCGCGCGAGCACGCGGACCUCGCCCGGCGGCGGCAGGACGAGGAGCGCGCGCUGGACGAGGUGCUGCGGCUCUCGCUCAUAGACAAGUAGCCUUGUACAGAUAUGACAAAGUAAACGCGUCCACGUUUGACUUCGCCUUAACGCGCCGCGCGGAUGUUGCAGACUGAUUUAGUUCUUAUAUAGAAGGCAAUUAGGUUUAUUUCACCACGUCUGCGACACGCCGCGGCGAGCCCCAUUACUAUAGUGAAUUUAAACAUACCUUUUUUGGACCCAAUAUAUUAGUUAUUUUUCAUUGAAAAACUUUUUUUUUAUUUUUUAAUGUCUUUUAUGAAAAUUGCCAUUGAUUGUCUUUUUUUGACUUUUAAAUUUUUUAAAAUUUGAAUUUCGAAUUUCUCGAAUUCUAACGCAUUUUGAUUCUUUCUUUAAAAAAAUAAUAAAUAAAUCGACUCAAACGGUAUACUGAUAUAUGAAGAUUGUUUAGUAAAAUCACAAAAAAUCUAAAUUUGUUAAGAUGUUGUGAUACUUUAGGAAUUAAUGGAAUUUCUAUAUAUAGGGUUCAAUUAAGGCGUAUGUAAAUUUGUAGGACAUUUUAAAUGUAUAAUAAAUGUUAUGUUUGAAUAGCAAUUGAAUGAUAUCAGUUGAGUCGGUGUUGGCUCCUAUGUAAACUAUCGUAUGUUUAAAAAAGCAAAAUUUUACAAAACAUUAUUAUUUACGACUUUUAACACAUUAUAUACGAUUACUGAAAUCUACAGUAUCUAUCGAGUUAAUUUAAUAAACUUAAUAUGUAAAUGCAAGAUUUUGGCUUACGAUAGUCUAUAUAGGAGCCAUUUUAUGUUUGAAGUUACGGCAAUUUGAUGGAAAGUUGUUGGAA